CUUCCAACCCCUACAAUUCUGUGAUUCUGUGAAUUCGCUGGCUGGCCGAGGAGCCUGAGCUCUGCUUGUGAGCCGGGGCGGAACCUUAAGUAUCGGCCGCUGUUUCCGCCUGGUUUUUAUACACCAAUGGACCGCUGGGAAGCUGGUGUCGCUAGGGUUGUGCGGUUGCUAGAGCUUCGGCCGGGCCGGACGAUGGCGUCGCUGGGGCUGAGCGAGCGGGAGCAAGCCGGCUGCCGCGGGAUACUGGAGCUGCUGGAGACCGAGGAGCUGAUGGCGCUGACGGACACCGUCACGAACCGCCUGGUACAUCCGGAGAACCGCCAAGAGGCCAUUCAGGCCAUCUUGAUUUACAGCCAGAGUGCAGAAGAACUUUUGAAACGAAGAAAAGUGUAUCGAGAAAUAAUUUUUAAGUAUUUGGCAGUACAAGGAAUUGCAGUGCCUCCUUCCUCUGAGAAGCAUCAACUCAUUGCCUGUGUAAAGCAGUACUGGGACGAGAAGCUCACAUCACAUGUCUCAGAGUCAGGGGAGAGAACAACACAUGCAGAGAGUCAUGAAAAGAGGCAGAAGGCACAGGAUGAUGUUUAUAAUCUGGGAAGAGAAUUCUGCCAAUGGUUUUUUGAACUCCUGAAUUCUCAGCAUCCUUUGGGAGUCAAAUCUGAAGAAACGUGGGGACGGCAGCAUUUCUGGGAGAAUGCCAAAAUGAAGUUCUGUUACAACACAGUAGAAAAAAACAUGGAAGAAUAUAAUGGUGCAGAAAUGGUGAGCCUUCGUCUGCUCUCAUUGGUUAAAGAAGAAUAUCUUCUAUUCAACCCUAACUUGACUGCCAAUGGACUGAAAUGUGCCAUGUCUCGACAUGGGUUGGUACUAGUAGCAGUGGCUGGCACAGUACAUAGAGACAACGUCUGUUUGGGUAUCUUUGAACAGAUUUUUGGACUCAUUAGGUGUCCAAUUAGUGGGAGUACCUGGAAAAUAAAAAUUGUGGAUCUUAAAAUAGUUGGACAGAAUGCUCUGGAACCUGGAAUGCAGAUUGACAAACCCUCCAUCAAAUACGAAUCAAAUCAACUGCAAGAGUGGUGCGAUGGGAGAGAAUUGGCAGUGCUUGAACCUCACAGAUACUGAGCAGUGCUUUCAAAACUGAGUGACUGAUGGUGGGGGGAAAAAACCCAUACAGCACUUAUGGUGCUUAGUUGAAGGUUGGAAUGAUUGCAGCAAUGUGGUUUUGUCUCUUUCUUGAGUCAGAUUUGCUGGAUGACAAAUGGAAAUGGAGAAUCUAAAGUAUUCAUACAGGUGAUGGUUUGGGGUUACCUUUCUGACAGUUAACAAACAUUUAAACAUUAAUAUGUAGACUUUGUAACUAUGGUUGGGAAUGGAGUUACUUACAGAAUGAGGGUAUGUCUGAUUAUGGGAAGUUUUUUGUCAAGUUGGAUGACCUUGAGAUCACAAGCUGCAAGUUGUUUCUUUUCAGGAAACCAUUUUAAAUUCCUGCCUGAGUUAUAAGAGAACGUCCCUACUAAUGGCUUUUUGAAGCUGGGACUGGUGAAUGCCUGAAUGGUCCCCUAAAACUCCCAGGAGAACCAUCUGCUGAGUUGGGAAAUUUUGGAGGGAACGGGCAAAAUGAAACAAAUUGAGAUGCUGCCUAUUCAUUCUGAAUGUGAUUUCUUCUGUAGCCAGCAGUGGUAGUUUACUGGGACAAUGCAGAGAUUAGCACUGUUGGAAUUUGUAUCCUUCAUUUUCUUUCACUUUACAGUUCCACCACUGAGAUGGUUUCCCAGGCAUCUGUUUCUAGCACUGCUUCUUUUGGAUCGAAUGUUAGAUGUUUAUGACUUACAGACAUAGUGUCUGAAGCAAAUGCUUUGAUAAUUAUUUUGUAUAUACUUGCAACAGAGUUUCUAAUAUAAUAAUGGUAAUUUUUAUAUGUUUUCUCAAACUUGGAAUUUCUGUCUACUCCUAACUGCUGUAAUAUGUUGUCCAGACAAUGGGAAUUUACAACAGGUGGUGACAUAAAAUAAAGAAUCUAAGUUCUACUGAAA